AUAUAUAUAUAUAUAUAUAUAUAAAAUAAAGUCCACAGCUAAGAGAGCGUUACAUGAUGUUGAAACCUCCAUUCAAUAUCGUUACUCCCAUCUGCCCUCAUUCAUUGCUUGAUCUCUUCGCCCCUCUUUAUAUUCAUCAACUUUCUUCUGUCAUUUCCCCUAUAACUUGUUUACACAUAUACACACAAAAAUUAUUCUCAAAAAGUUAAGAAAAAGCCCAUUUAAUAUAUCCAAAAAAAAAAAAAACCAAUAAAAUGGAGACAAAUUCAGUAAGGCUGAAAUAUGUUAAGCUAGGUUACACAUACCUAGUGAACCAUUUUUUGAGCCUAAUUCUUGUGCCUAUUAUGGCGGGUAUAACCAUUCAGAUUCUUCGGGUCGGGCCCGAAGAAAUUGUAUCUCUUGUAAAGUCCCUUCAAUUGGAUUCGAUUCAAUUAUUAUGCUCGAUUUUUCUUGUUAUUUUUGUCCUUACAGUUUAUUUUAUGUCCAAACCUCGACCUAUUUACCUAGUUGAUUACUCCAUGUUUAAACCCCCAUAUACUUUUCGGGUUCCUUUUGCUACUUUUAUGGAGCACAGUAGACUUAACUUAAAAGGUAACCAAAAAGCUGUUGAAUUUCAAAUGCGGAUCUUAGAGCGAUCUGGGUUAGGUGAAGAGACAAGUUUACCCCCAGCUAUUCAUUAUCUUAACCCCAAACCUACUAUGGAAGCUGCUCGUGGCGAGGCCGAAAUGGUUAUUUUCUCAGCUGUUGACGAUUUAUUAAAGAAAACCGGAGUUAAGCCUAGGGAUAUCGAUAUAUUGAUCGUUAAUUGCAGCUUAUUUUCUCCAACUCCGUCAUUAUCUGCCAUGGUUGUUAACAAAUACAAGCUCAGGAGUAAUAUUAAGAGCUUUAACUUGUCUGGCAUGGGCUGUAGUUGCAGUCCUAUAUCCGUGGACUUGGCUAGGGAUCUGUUGCAGGUUCAUCCAAACUCAUAUGCAAUGGUGAUUAGUACUGAGAUCAUAACACCAAACUACUAUCAAGGAAACGAAAGAGCAAUGCUUUUACCAAAUUGUCUUUUCCGUAUGGGAUGUGCGGCAAUACUCCUAUCUAAUAAGCGCAAAGAAAAGAAGAGAUCUAAAUACCAACUUCUUCAUAUUGUCCGUACACAUAAGGGAGCAGACGACAAGGCUUUUAAAUGUGUCUACCAAGAGGAAGAUCGUGAGGGUAAUGUUGGAAUCUCCCUUCAAAAAGAUCUCAUGGCAAUAGCCGGUGAGGCCUUAAAAUCAAACAUCACAACAAUGGGUCCUUUAGUUUUACCAACAUCGGAGCAACUUCUUUUCCUCUUUUCUCUCAUCGGGAGGAAGCUCUUUAACCCGAAAUGGAAGCCCUAUAUUCCAGACUUCAAACAAGCAUUCGAGCAUUUUUGUAUCCAUGCUGGUGGUCGGGCUGUCAUUGAUGAGCUUCAAAAGAACUUACAACUCUCCGCAGAACAUUGUGAGGCUUCUAGGAUGACAUUACAUAGGUUUGGAAAUACGUCUUCAUCCUCCCUUUGGUAUGAGCUUAGCUACAUCGAGGCUAAAGGAAGGAUGAAAAAAGGAGACCGCGUUUGGCAAAUAGCUUUUGGAAGUGGAUUUAAGUGUAACAGUGCUGUUUGGAAGUGCAAUCGUACAAUCAAAGCACCCACCGACGGCCCUUGGUCUGAUUGCAUUGAUCGAUACCCUGUCCACAUACCCGAUGUUGUGAAGCUUUAGAAGUUCCAUUUUAAUAUUCUCAAUCAAAUGAUGUGUUUAUUGAACAUUCAUCUAUUAUCAUAUAUUAUUGUUUGAUUAACUAAAUGUGGUUAUUUCUAUCAUAAUUAUAAGAUAAGAAGGAAUUCCACUUUGUAAUGAUUUCUAAGUUAUAGCAUAGUUUUCUAAAGGUUUCUAAUAGAAACCUAUCAUAUUUUUAUGCAUUUUAUGUUAACUUUUGUUGUAAUAUUGUACUAUAUAUCACUUGUUAGAAUUAGAUACUGUACCUUAUCAUCAUACAUUACAAUGUACUAAUACUACUACAAGUACACAAGGAGUUACCAUAUAUUUUUAUAACUUACAAAUUUUAUCGUU